AUGGACUCCAAAUCGAUGCAGCCAAAGUUCCACAAUCUUGAAAUUUCCGGGUCGUGGGAUGGCGAGUUUGAGGGACCAGUAAGACUUAGGAUCUCUCUGGAAAUUCAGUCUGCACCCGACACGGAGCUGCGGCUUCUGGACACCAAAUCUUCAGCCAUCUUCCUCAAAACUGCAUCAGCGCGUCUUCUAUCUGAUGAAUCGAACGACAGCAGCUCUUUAUUCGCCUUUUCUACCCCGGAUUCUGAUAAACUGAAAGGGGCCCGCCGAGUUUCUGCAGAGAGACCUCCCAACAGUGAAGAAGCCUUCUCAGUGUCGCAAGAUGGCCCUCCCCUUCCAAGCCUUUCCGUCAUGAAAUAUAUUACGAAUUGUCGAGACACGAAUGCUGCGGACAUCCCUCGUGCAGAAAAGUUCUCCGAUCUGUGUGUCAACGUCGCGGAGUACGAUGACCUGACCAAGUCGCCACAACUGGUGAAAAGAAGUGCUGCAGAUGCAUGCUUAACGGAUUCCGAAUCGGACGACGCACCAACGCACAAAAGGCAUGACUCCAGUGAUGACACGCAGAAAACUAUGACUCUCGCCUCUUUUUCGGCAACCGGUGGAGAGAAUAUCAGGUCUGAGAAACUUAUCGGUCUUGAGGCCUGGUUGGAGACAGCAGGACAACAGCAUGGAGGUGAGCCCUUGGAUGAGGGAGUCAUUGGUACAGGGGAUAGCGAGUCAUAUCUGGAGGAAAGAAAUCCGGAUGAUAGCAGGACUGAGGCAGAUGGUGUGACUAGCAUUGAGGAUGUCGAUGGUCAAUCUACCUGCGUGGCUGAGUCGUCGAAUAUACCCCCGAGAGAAGAAUCCCCAACAAUGGAAAGGUUCUACAACAGUAGUCCAGAACCCCGAGCCCACACUCCUUGCGACCAAGAAAGCAGCAUUACUGGAGUGUCAGCAUCGCCUGGUAAUGAUUUUGGAAUACCAGAGGGUCUGAGCGGCGAUGCGAACACGCGUCCGCCGAGUCCCUAUCCCCUCCUAUCCAGUUCGCCGGAGCCCCCUAACUCCAAACCCGAGGCCUGGGGAAAUCAUUAUCUAAUAGAGGAGACAGACGGAGACGAUGAAGUUGAAACUCAACCGCUCAUAGAGUUCUCUUGGAGUGAUCCCAAAUUGGUCCUCUCCAAUGGGGAUCUCAUCAUGAAGUUUUCUAGCAAAACCCAGCAGGCCACAUACAAGAUAGAGGUCAGCUUGACCGUUUAUGUGGACGAUGACUAUGCCAAAGGAUGGAGCACAAUAUUGCUACCGGGACUUCCUUCUCUGCAGACCAAAGAGACUGGGUCUUUUUUCUUUCGUCUUCCGGAAGAUCGUGGCCUCGAAUUCCGUACUACAGACAAGCAACGAUGUAUGGUGGUGGAGAACUGCUUUUUUGCUGAAUUCAUCAACUCCGGGUACCUGGCCGUUUCCAUGCGCAUAUGUGGUCGCAAGUUCUACGGUUUUCUCAAGCACAUUGUCUUAGACCAAGAGAUCAUCGCCCGUCAUGCGGUAGCUAAAUCAGGGGCAGAAAAUGAUGGAUCGAUCAACUACUAUGCCAUGUGCUCGCUGAGAUUCAACCGACGCUAUAUCUGCUCUGAGAGAUGCGGCUUUUCUUUCUAUGUGGACGGAGGCCCAGAUGGAUUCUUUGUUUGUAAGCUCGAACAAAAGGCAGGGCUGCAGAUGAUUCAAAUUCCCCAUGGCGACUAUACCUCCGUUGGGAUUUCUCGUGUUCAAGUCAUCUGCUCUCCGAAGGAUCUGGGAAUGUUCUGUUUGGCAUGGUCCAUUCCCUCAACUGAUCGACACGCCGAUCACUGGCUUCCUCGCAUUUAUCCAAAAUCUCCCAGCCGCCUCGAAGAGAAUCGAGACGGUCUACGCGACACAUUUACCGAAUUGAGCAGCAGGGAUUUCUUUCGAAUUGCCAAAGAAGAUGACAAGCAGUCACCAGACGAAGACACGGGUCCUGAUAAAGAAGGCCACAUAUCGGAUGAUAAAGCAAGUAUCGAUCCAGAUCCCUCCAAUCCUGAUCUUCCCGAGGCCCCUGGGGUGCGUCUUUUGUUCCGCUUAUUGGUUUCGACUCUCGUGGCCAAUGCCUCACAGUUUACCAAAAGCCGCGUCAAGACUGCCCGACUAUUUCUGUCUAGUUUGUACGACUGGACUUGCUCGAGCAUGGCACGGCUCAUUCUGGUUUUUGGUGCUAUAUAUGGUCUGCUGGGCUUGUUGGUAUGGUUCUUCGUCAAAGACGCGGGUCUCGACGUUUUAAACACAGUUCAAAACAAAUCGUUUUCUCUGAAUCCGAGCGAAAUUGGUACCGCGAACCUCACGAUGGCGAACCAAGACGGGGGACUACCUGCCUUGAUUGACGACAGUGUCUUCAAGCCAGACUACCUUAGCAUUAGGGUAUCCGAGGCUAUUGUUGUUGACACAGAGAAAGGCACUGACAGCGAAAGACAAGCGCUAGUUGAGAGCGCAGACGACACCGAUAGGGGAGAGGAGGCGGACUCCGACGAGACCACAUCCACCUCCUUCAGAGACACGAUCGACUACUGGCUUGGAUGGAGAGGACCUGUUAAUCACGGGGCGUGA